AUGGCGCUAGCUUCCACAUGCACUAAGGGCCUGUUUAUUAUGGCUGAAGCUCCGUCUCUUCCUCUCAUCUGCUGAUUGGCUGUGCCAUUUCAGAAGCGAAACGCGAUUGGUUCAGAGACCCGUCAAUCGGACGAGCAAUAGACGGGUACCCAAGACAGCAGGGUUGCGCGUGUGCCUUCCCAGGUCCUGGCAGCACCAUCCGGCGAGGGGGCGAGGACGCUGGCCGCCUGUUUUAUGACUGCGAGGAACACUGGAUGUUUUUAUUUUGAUUUCUGCUUCACUGGAUAUACGUGCCCACGAUUUUGAGCGCGAGAAAGCGGCACGCCGGUGAACGAGCAAAACGUUAUCGAUGGGGAAAAUAAGUUGAAAGCUUCGGAAGAAUGUUUUCCUUGUUCCAGGAAAACGGAUUGCUCUGUUGAGCUGUGUGAUGGGUGUUUCGAAGGGAUUUUGACAUUUGGAGAGGAUCUGGGGCUAUCCAUCUACAGCUUGAGCGCAACUGAAAGCGGCAACAGAGCGCCAUACUGCAAAACAAGCUUCCCGGGUCGAUACAGUGUAGCAGUGUUUUCGCCGGGGAGAAGUGCGCGUUUAAUGUGAAUGUAAACAAGUAAGCUGGCGAGCAAGUACCAAAUCAGCAACGGUGGCCUGAUUGAGAUCCACGCAACUUCUGCAAACUGCAUGCAGCCCUGGCGGUGGAAACGGGGCUGGAUGUGCCCAAGAUGGCAAAUAUGAAGAAAUCUAUAAGAUGAAUGUUGCAUUUCCCCCGUAACUUGUACUGUUCACCUAAUUUCCAUUUCCAUACAAGCACGAGUUUCGAGCGAAGCAAGGUGCUCCUCGUGCCUCCAACAUGAGGAGGUUUAAGGCCGUGCGGAAUUGAUUUAGUAUGGGGGGAACGUGUUAUUUUGAUUUGAUCUCUCUCUCCUUUUUUACUUUUCUUUUGUUUACCCUCCGAGAGAGGUUUCUUGGCUGUCCGAGAUUGUUAUUUUGCUAGUUUGGAACGUAUAACGCGAAAGAUCCUCUGAAGUAGGUCAGAUCAAAGCUGGAGAGUUGUUAGUAUGACACCUUUUCACACUCAUCUUUAUGUAUGGCGGACAUUUCUGCUUUGAUUUGACCCGUCGUUUGCCUCGAUGACAGCCAAAUGAGAGUUUGACAUCUUGGCAGCCUCCCUCUCCAUCUCGUUCGCCUCUUUGUUUUAUUUUUCCACCUCUCAUUUCGGGCUGUUGAGUGAGUGAAUGGCUCUGUGCGGAACGACGGCUUCCAGUGCCGCGAAAAUGAUGGCUGCGUACAACGGCGGCACCGCGGCAGUGGCGGCACAUCACCCGCACCAUCACCACCAGCUGCCUCAUCUCCCACCACCCGCUCACCUCCACCACCAUCACCACCCGGGCCAGCAUCACCUCCAGCACCCCGGCUCGGCCGCCGCCGUGCACCCCGUGCAGCAGCACGCUUCCACGGCCGCGGCCGCUGCUGCUGCCGCCGCGGCGGCGGUGAUGCUGAACCCGAGCCAGCAGCAGUCGUACUUCCCCUCGCCCGCUCCUGGACAAGCUCCGGGGCCGGCGGCCGCUGCAGCCCCAGCGCAAGUUCAAGCCGCCGCCGCGGCCGCUGUGAAGGCGCAUCAUCACCACCACCACCAGCACUCACAUCACUUACAACAACAGCUGGAUAUAGAGCCGGACAGACCGAUCGGAUACGGAGCUUUCGGUGUGGUUUGGUCGGUAACUGACCCCAGAGACGGCAAACGCGUGGCCCUCAAAAAGAUGCCCAGUGUCUUCCAAAACCUCGUCUCCUGCAAGAGGGUUUUCCGCGAGCUGAAGAUGCUUUGUUUCUUUAAGCACGACAAUGUGCUGUCAGCCCUGGAUAUCCUGCAGCCUCCACACAUCGACUACUUUGAGGAAAUUUAUGUGGUGACAGAGUUGAUGCAGAGUGACCUCCAUAAGAUCAUCGUGUCUCCACAGCCUCUGAGCUCUGACCACGUCAAAGUCUUUCUCUACCAGAUCCUCCGAGGACUGAAGUAUCUUCAUUCAGCUGGCAUUUUGCACAGAGACAUUAAACCUGGUAACCUGUUGGUCAACAGUAACUGUGUGCUUAAGAUUUGUGACUUUGGCCUGGCAAGAGUGGAGGAGCUAGACGAGUCGCGUCACAUGACCCAGGAGGUGGUGACGCAGUACUACAGAGCGCCAGAGAUCCUGAUGGGGAGCAGGCACUAUUCCAACGCCAUCGACAUCUGGUCUGUGGGCUGCAUCUUUGCCGAGCUGCUUGGCCGACGCAUCCUCUUCCAGGCUCAGAGUCCCAUCCAACAGCUGGACUUGAUCACAGAUCUGCUGGGGACUCCGUCUCUGGAGGCCAUGAGGACGGCGUGUGAGGGGGCCAGAGCUCACAUCCUGAGAGGACCACAUAAACAGCCCUCGCUUCCUGUCCUGUACACCCUGUCCAGUCAAGCAACCCAUGAGGCCGUUCACCUCCUCUGCAGGAUGCUGGUCUUUGACCCAUCGAAGCGGAUCUCUGCAAAAGAUGCACUGGCACACCCAUAUCUGGACGAGGGGCGUCUGCGGUACCACACCUGCAUGUGUAAAUGCUGCUACACCACUUCCUCCGGCCGCGUCUACACCAGUGACUUUGAGCCUGUCACGAACCCCAAGUUUGAUGACGGCUUUGAGAAAAACCUGACGUCAGUUCGGCAGGUCAAAGAGAUCAUUCAUCAGUUCAUCCUGGAGCAGCAGAAGGGGAACCGGGUACCGCUCUGUAUCAACCCCCAAUCAGCUGCCUUCAAAAGCUUUAUCAGCUCAACAGUAGCUCAGCCCUCUGAGAUGCCUCCAUCUCCUCUAGUUUGGGAGUAGCUGAGGAUGGCGGCAUUGAUAACAGUGGUGGUGGACAUCCCUCCUGCAGCCCGCCCCGCGCCCACCACCUCGCCCCCCGGACUACUGACCCCCAGACAUCCCCAAAACCUGCGUAGCAUUUCACUGGAGUCUAGGACUAGCCAUGUCCCCCAUGUCACGGGGGGGGUCCGUUCGUACAUACCCACUGCUCUGUAGUAGUAUACUAAAGGUUUGUGAAGGGUACGAACCUGUACUUUCGGCAGAUGAAGUUGACCCCUGUGGACUUGAAUGUAUUUUGAACAGCAGGGUGGCAGAAUCUGUGCAGUAUCCCUGAAGGAAAUCUCAUCAUGAUUAUGUUUGCGAGUAAUCAUGCUUUAUUUAUUCAUGGAAACAGGAAGUGCAGUGCUUCAUGCAGUUUGGAAAGACAAGUUCCUCUGAAUCUGUUUUUCAUUCACGACAUGAUAGAACCAGGGUCGCCGUCUUGGGGCGAAAAAAACGUUGUCCUCAUGAGUAGCCUGUUCAUAAGGACCAUCCAUAUAAAUAUGUCCCGGGCCUUGUGAAUUAAGGUUACGGCCCUCGUUAAAAAGGUGCGGUCACAUUAACCGCUACUCCAAAUUUUGAGAGCAAAAUCCGUUUGUUUCAGGAACCUGUGCGUUUUGUGUGUUUAAUACAUCUACGCUAUUAAAAACAGAAAAAUGUAAAAAUCGUCAUAUCACUAAUGUGACCGCAUCCUAACAACUGUGACCACUCAUUCUUCUAGAGUGAGCUGCUCAUUGCUUUUUUUUUUUUUUUUUUGCCUUCGACGGAGGUGUGAUUUUUAUGACUUUCUUUCAUUUUUGCUGUCAUCUGCAUUAUUUCUUUGUUUCUCGAUCAAAUUGUCUUUGUUCGAAUCUCGCGUUCAGUCUCAUAUUCAACUUCGUCAGGAACAAAUUGAGUAUUCCUUAGCGCAGCACUUGGCACAGAUACUGAUUCAUAGGCUUCUCUUAGUACUCCUGAAUCUGGAUGUGUUGUGUCAGUAUUUAGUGCUUUGGUUGGGUGAUUAAACGGCACAAUGACUCAAAAGGAACCAAAGCACGCAAUUGGCCCGAGGCAAAAUGCUCGUACUAAAAGGGUUUAUUUGAAGUGAGCGUGUCCAGCAAUCUCGCAGUUGCUUGUCUUUUACUGAGACUGAAAACCCAUCUAGCAUGUAGCAAAAUGUCAUGCGGAGGUUUGUUUUCAGAUGACCUUUGAACCCUGCUCUUCCUGAUGGAGUAUCUAGAAUAGCAUGCAAACCCAAUUAAAGCCUAAAAAAUGUAUACAAAUUAGCAAACCUAUGAAUAAUAGGUUGAACUGUUGGUCUAUCAAACCAUUCCAUAAUUGCAAUGGUAUGUUACAAAACUUUGUCUGUGAAGACAAGUGACGCCAUUGCGAGUGCAUGUAUGGACCCCCGUGCAUGUUUAAAACUGAGUGUGGCAUCACGCUAGGGAUCCUGUAGAUGUCAGUUCAGUGUCGUCUACUUUAGCCCUCCUCCAGAGCCCGAUGGCGAUGAUGGAUCUGAAAAGGAUGCCUGGGAAAUGGCGUGUAUUGUUGGCCUGGAAAGAAAUCGGGAGUAGUUUUCACUCUCUGUACCAUGCUUAAAUUUCCCAUAAUGCUUUCUGUCCCUGUCUCGGACUAAAAGAAAACAAAUGGAAAAUAUUUAAUAUAUUUUUAGAGAAUAAUUUUUUAUUUCUUCCUCAAUGUGCUAUGGCAUGCUUUCCCAUGAUCCACUGACUUUGGUUUGUAAAUAAAUGAGUAGCAGAUAGGUUUCAAUAGAAAUGAAACAUCCACGAAAAAUAAAACCCUAAAAAAAAAUCGCCAAAAAAACCAAUAUUAAUAAUAAUGUAAUACUGCUGUAUAGAAGUUGAAUUAGCCUGCACAUUUUUUAGGGCUGUGAAAUUGUAUUUUAUUUUUUAGACUUAUAUAAAUAUAAAUGUACAUAUUUUUGUCCUCUCUUUUCUUCUUCGUUUUAUUUCCCCCUGCACUAGAAAGUGUAGACAAAGAAAUAAUCCAAAUCAGUAUAAGUACAAAAACAAACAAAAAACACAUAACCAAUUAUGUUAAUUGUGUCUUGUGUGCUGCAGAGCUGUGGAUACGAGUAUUGAAGUAGAGCCCUUUUUAAUUAUUAUUAUUAUUAUUAUUAUUAUUAUUAACUUCCUUUAAAGAAACACUGAACUGUUUGUGUAUAUGUAUAUAAUGGAUUCACAUUGUUGGUCUCUACCUCUCGAGCUCAAUGACUUGGUUGUUUACCUCCACGCUUUUAUUUUUAUGUGGAGAUUGAAAACUUGAAUGUCCCUUCCAACUUUUAUAUUCCUAUCAAAUCCUGUAUAAAGAAAUCAAGUCAUUAAAAUUGCGAUUGGUUAGAGGUGGUUCCCAUCAUCAUACCCUUGUACAAAGUACCAUGUUCUCACCCCAGUGUUCUUUGACUGUUAGAUCACACAGCAUACCCACGACGAUUAACAUGGUAUCCUUCACCGAGAGCCAUCGGAUGAGAUAAACAUACAAAAUCCAUGGCAAUGUUAGAACGUAAGAAUCGGGCGAACCGAAGAUAACGCGCGGAUUCAAACAGAGCCUGUGAGAAGAGACUAACACACAAGCUUGAUCGGGCCAAACAGGGAAGGUACUGCACUUGCUGUUAAGUUUUUAUGAGGAAGUUUGAAGUUAAUGGUAUUUGAAAACAUUUUACGACAUAUAUGACUAUAAUAUAACAUUCACAUUCAAUGCCCUGAAAGCGGAUGAGGUGAUUCUUAGGGACCGGAAGGACUCUGUGGAUGUUUUGUGUGUUUUGAAAAAUCACUGGUCUCUUUUCAGAGUGUAGAUUUGAAGUACAGUGGUGAAGCUCAUUAAAUGUUGACAUUUUAAAAA